CCCAGUCUGUCACACAGGGACAUCACCCUACAGCAGUUCAGGCUGUGGUUCGCAGGAAGCAUACAUUGGCUUUUUGAUUCGUGCUAGUUCCCAGCUCACAGUUUAGGAGGAUCUAACACCAGCCUUCACGUGAAGGGGGAACCAAGGACAGUGAGGAGCUGGGUGGUCCCAGCCUUGGAGCCCUGCCAGCUGGACAUGGGCAUCUUCCUGACCCCUAGAGCCCUGCAGAUGUCGCUGGGAAAGUGGUGAUCCAGGCAGGACCAGGCUGCCCCCACGGGACAGAGAUAACUGCAGAAGAUUUCAACUAUAGCAUAUAGUGAUGGACUGUGUGUACUAUGUCCUGAGGCACUUUGUUAGACGCUGGGUUUGGUCUGAGAGGAGUUGGUGACAGGAUUUUACAUUUUGAGAGAAAUGGAGGCAAACGACCAUUUUAACUUUACUGGCCUUCCCCCUGCACCUGCUGCCUCAGGACUGAAACCCUCUCCCUCCUCAGGGGAGGGCCUCUACACUAACGGGUCUCCCAUGAACUUCCCCCAGCAAGGGAAAAGUUUGAAUGGGGAUGUGAAUGUUAAUGGCUUAUCUACUGUAUCUCACACUACUACUUCAGGGAUUUUGAACUCUGCUCCCCACUCCUCCAGCACCUCACACCUCCAUCACCCCAGCGUGGCCUACGACUGUCUCUGGAACUACUCACAGUACCCAUCUGCCAAUCCUGGCAGCAACCUCAAGGACCCACCCCUUCUCUCCCAGUUCUCGGGGGGACAAUACCCACUCAACGGCAUCCUUGGGGGCAGCCGGCAACCUUCAUCCCCAAGUCACAACACUAACCUUCGGGCUGGGAGCCAAGAGUUCUGGGCCAACGGUACCCAGAGUCCCAUGGGGCUUAACUUCGACUCACAGGAACUGUAUGAUUCCUUUCCUGACCAGAAUUUUGAGGUGAUGCCCAAUGGACCCCCUAGUUUUUUCACCUCCCCACAGACUUCUCCUAUGUUGGGAUCCAGCAUCCAGACCUUUGCACCCUCCCAGGAGGUAGGCAGUGGUAUCCAUCCCAAUGAGGCGGCAGAAAAGGAGCUGACUUCAGUUGUGGCAGAGAAUGGCACUGGCUUGGUAGGCAGCCUGGAGCUGGAAGAAGAGCAGCCAGAACUGAAGAUGUGUGGCUACAAUGGCUCUGUCCCUUCUGUGGAAUCAUUACACCAAGAGGUCUCAGUCUUGGUCCCUGACCCCACAGUGAGCUGCUUAGAUGAUCCUUCACAUCUUCCUGAUCAACUGGAAGACACUCCAAUCCUCAGUGAAGUCUCUCUGGAGCCCUUCAACCCUCUGGCACCGGAGCCAGUGAGUGGAGGACUCUAUGGUAUAGAUGACACGGAGCUGAUGGGUACAGAGGACAAGCUGCCUCUUGAGGACAGCCCUGUGAUUUCUGCCCUUGAUUGCCCUUCCCUCAAUAACGCCACUGCCUUCAGUCUCCUGGCAGAUGAUAGUCAAACUUCAGCCUCUAUCUUUGCCAGCCCCACCUCUCCACCUGUCCUUGGGGAGUCUGUCCUGCAAGAUAACACCUUUGACCUGAACAAUGGUAGUGAUGCAGAACAGGAAGAAAUGGAGACUCAGUCUUCAGACUUCCCACCAUCUCUGACCCAGCCAGCCCCUGACCAGUCAUCCACUAUUCAGCUCCAUCCAGCAACUUCACCAGCAGCCCCACCAACAGCCUCCCCGGCAAUCUCCCUGGCAGUUUCGCCAGCAGCCUCCCUGGAAAUCUCUCCAGAAGUCUCCCCAGCAGUUUCGCCAGCAGUCUCCCCAGAAGUUUCUCCAGUCAUCUCCCCAGCAGCAUUCCCAGCUGUCUCUCCAACUUCCUCAGCAGCCCUUCCACCAGUCUCCUCAGAAGUCUCCUUGACGGCCUCCCCGGUGACCUCCCCAAAAGUGUCCCCUGCAGCUUCCCCAGCAGCUGUCCUCCCAACAGCCUCCCCGGCAGAUAAAGAUGUCAGCAGCCUCCCUGAAACCACUGCUGACCUGGAGGAAAUCACUGGAGAAGGAGUCACUACUUCUGGUAGUGGUGAUGUCCUGAGGAGACGUAUUGCUACCCCAGAAGAAGUUCGUCUUCCCCUCCAGCAUGGGUGGCGGAGAGAGGUGCGCAUCAAGAAGGGUAGCCACCGAUGGCAGGGGGAGACAUGGUAUUAUGGCCCCUGUGGGAAGAGGAUGAAACAGUUCCCAGAAGUGAUCAAGUACCUGAGCCGCAACGUGGUACACAAUGUCCGUCGUGAGCACUUCAGUUUCAGUCCCCGUAUGCCUGUUGGAGAUUUCUUUGAAGAGAGAGACACACCAGAGGGCUUGCAGUGGGUGCAGCUCUCAGCAGAGGAGAUCCCUUCCAGGAUUCAGGCAAUUACGGGGAAACGGGGCCGACCUCGAAACACUGAGAAGGCCAAGACUAAGGAAGUCCCCAAGGUGAAACGGGGACGAGGUCGGCCACCGAAGGUCAAGAUCACCGAGCUGUUGAAUAAGACAGAUAACCGCCUCCUAAAGAAACUGGAGGCCCAAGAAACACUGAAUGAGGAGGAUAAAGCAAAGAUGACUAAAAUCAAGAAGAAGAUGAAGCAGAAGGUACAACGAGGAGAGUGUCAGUCUACUGUCCAAGGGCAGGCCAGAAACAAGCGGAAACAAGAGACCAAGAGCUUAAAGCAGAAGGAAGCUAAGAAGAAACCCAAGGUGGAGAAGGAGAAGGUAAAGACAAAGCAGGAAAAACUGAAGGAGAAAGUGAAGAGAGAGAAGAAAGAGAAGGUAAAAUUGAAGGAAAAGGAGGAAGUGGCCAAAGGCAAGUCAGCCUGUAAAGCAGAUAAAACGCUGGCCAUGCAGAGGCGCUUGGAGGAGCGGCAGAGGCAGCAGAUGAUCUUGGAGGAGAUGAAGAAGCCCACAGAGGAUAUGUGUCUGACUGACCAUCAGCCUCUACCUGACUUUUCACGCAUCCCUGGUCUGAUCCUGCCCAGUGGGGCCUUCUCAGACUGCUUGACCAUCGUGGAAUUCCUGCACAGCUUCGGCAAGGUGCUGGGCUUUGACCCUGCCAAAGAUGUACCCAGCCUGGGGGUCCUACAGGAGGGACUCCUGUGUCAAGGCGACAGCCUGGGUGAGGUGCAAGAUCUGCUGGUGCGGCUCCUGAAGGCUGCGCUCUAUGAUCCUGGCUUGCCUUCCUACUGUCAGUCCUUAAAGAUCUUGGGAGAGAAGGUGUCUGAGAUCCCACUGACAAGAGACAAUGUGUCUGAGAUCCUGCGCUGCUUCCUCAUGGCGUAUGGAGUGGAGCCAGCCCUCUGUGACAGCCUGCGCACCCAGCCUUUUCAGGCCCAGCCACCCCAGCAGAAGGCUGCUGUCCUGGCCUUCCUUGUACAUGAGCUCAACGGUUCCACGCUCAUCAUCAAUGAGAUUGACAAGACUCUGGAGAGUAUGUCCAGCUACAGGAAAAACAAGUGGAUUGUCGAAGGCCGGCUCCGGAGACUGAAAACUGCUCUGGCCAAGCGAACUGGGCGACCGGAGGUAGAGAUGCAAGGGCCAGAGGAGGGCCUGGGGCGGAGGCGCAGUUCUCGAAUCAUGGAGGAGACCAGUGGCAUGGAGGAAGAGGAAGAGGAAGAGACUGUGGCGACUGUCCAUGGCCGUAGGGGUCGAAGAGAUGGAGAGGUUGAUGCCACAGCAUCAAGCAUCCCAGAGCUAGAGCGCCAAAUAGAAAAACUCAGCAAGCGUCAGCUCUUCUUUCGAAAAAAGCUGCUUCAUUCAUCCCAGAUGCUUCGGGCAGUCUCCUUGGGUCAGGACCGCUACAGACGCCGCUAUUGGGUCUUGCCCUAUUUGGCUGGUAUCUUUGUGGAAGGAACAGAGGAGAGCUUAGUUCCUGAGGAUGUGAUAAAGCAGGAAACUGACUCCUUAAAAGUGGCAGCCCAUCCAGCCCCCAGCCCAGCUCCCUUCUCUCUGAAGAAGGAGUUAGCUGGCUCCAGCACCCCUGCCAGUACUCCUGCCCGGGCCCGAGGCCGACCUCGGAAAACUAAGCCUGGGUCUAUGCAACCUAGGCACCUUAAAUCCCCUGUUAGGAGUCAGGGUUCAGAACAGCCUGAUGCCCAGCUUCAGCCUGAAAUUCAGCCCCAUCCUCAGCUUCAGGCUCAUGCUCAGCCCCAACCCCAGCUUCAGCUCCAUCCCCAAUCCCAAAAUGGGUUCCUGGAGCCAGAAGGCUCCCCCUUGUCCUUGGGUCAGAGCCAGCAUGACCUCAGCCAGUCAGCCUUCCUGUCUUGGCUGAGCCAGACUCAGAGCCAUGGCUCCCUACUGAGCAGCUCAGUCCUCACACCUGACAGCAGCCCUGGAAAACUGGACCCAACCCCAACACAGCCCUUGGAGGAGCCAGAGCCUGAUGAGGCAGAAUCCAUCCCCGAUUCUCAAGCUCCCUGGUUUAACUUCUCAGCCCAGAUGCCUUGCAAUGCUGCCCCUACACCACCCCCUGCAGUUUCUGAGGACCAGCCUACACUCUCCCCUCAGCAACCUGCCUCCUCCAAGCCAAUGAGUAGACCCAGUGCUGCCAACCCCUGUUCUCCAGUGCAGCUCUCUUCUACCCCUUUACCUGGGAUGGCCGCUAAGAGGCGAGCAGGAGACCCUGGGGGAACACCACAGAGUCUCACAGGGCUAGGACAGCCAAAACGGAGAGGGAGACCCCCCAGUAAGUUCUUCAAACAGAUAGAGCAGCGUUAUCUAACCCAGCUGACUGCCCAGCCCGUCCCCGCAGAGAUGUGCUCUGGCUGGUGGUGCAUCCAAGAUCCUGAGACACUGGAUGCCACGCUCAAGGCCCUGCACCCCCGAGGCAUCCGAGAAAAGGCACUUCACAAACACCUAAACAAGCACAGGGACUUCUUACAGGAAGUCUGCCUACGACCUUCAACUGACCCCAUCUUUGAGCCCAGUCAGCUACCUGCCUCUCAAGAAGGGAUUAUGAGCUGGUGCCCCAAAGAGAAGACCUAUGAGACAGACCUGGCUGUGCUUCAGUGGGUAGAAGAGCUGGAACAGCGGGUUAUCCUGUCUGAUCUGCAGAUUCGGGGCUGGACCUGUCCCAGCCCAGACUCUACUCGUGAAGACUUGUCCUACUGUGAGCAUCUACCUGACUCUCAGGAGGAUAUCACCUGGAGAGGUCGAGGUAGGGAAGGAUUGGCACCCCAGCGUAAAACUACCAACCCUCUGGACCUGGCUGUGAUGCGGCUGGCUGCCCUGGAGCAGAAUGUGGAGCGGCGGUAUCUACGGGAGCCCCUCUGGCCAGCUCAUGAGGUGGUGCUAGAGAAGGCCUUGCUCAGCACGCCCAGUAGUGCCCCCCAGUGCACCACUACAGAGAUAUCAUAUGAGAUCACCCCUCGCAUUCGAGCAUGGCGACAGACCCUUGAGCGGUGCAGGAGUGCGGCCCAGGUGUGCUUGUGCCUGGGCCAGCUGGAGAGGUCGAUUGCCUGGGAGAAGUCCGUCAACAAAGUGACCUGUCUCGUCUGCCGGAAGGGUGACAAUGAUGAGUUUCUUCUGCUUUGUGAUGGGUGUGACCGCGGCUGCCACAUUUACUGCCAUCGGCCCAAGAUGGAGGCUGUCCCAGAAGGAGAUUGGUUCUGUGCAGUAUGUUUGGCCCAGCAGGUAGAGGGAGGAUUCACUCAGAAGCCUGGUUUCCCAAAACGAGGCCAGAAGCGGAAAAGUAGUUAUGAGCUGAACUUCCCAGAGGGGGAUGGCCGCCGACGCCGGGUACUGUCAAGGGGUCGAGAAAGCCCAGCGGCGCCCCGCUACUCAGAAGAAGGGCUGUCCCCCUCCAAGCGGCGGCGACUCUCCAUGCGGAACCACCACAGUGAUCUCACAUUUUGCGAGAUUAUCUUGAUGGAGAUGGAGUCCCAUGACGCAGCUUGGCCUUUCCUGGAGCCCGUGAACCCACGUUUGGUGAGCGGGUACCGGCGCAUUAUCAAAAACCCUAUGGAUUUUUCCACCAUGCGGGAGCGACUGCUCCGGGGAGGGUACACCAGCUCGGAGGAGUUCGCGGCAGACGCACUCCUGGUCUUUGACAACUGCCAGACCUUCAAUGAGGAUGACUCUGAAGUGGGCAAGGCUGGGCACAUCAUGCGCCGCUUCUUCGAGAGCCGCUGGGAGGAGUUUUAUCAGGGAAAACAGGCCAAUCUGUGAGGCACGGGAGGUGGGGAGUCACCUGGUGGCAUCUCCCCCUGCCCUCCAAACAAAAAAUACCCUGCCAUUCUUACCUGCUGAUGCUGCCCUGGGUCCAGACUCAAGUCAGAGAUCUAAUCCUGAUUUUUGACCCCACCCUUGGCAGCGCCCUACGUCCUCUUAUCCCUACCUACACCCCUUUCUCCCUUUCCUCCUCUUGCUCCUCAAAUAAGAGGGGCAGAGAUGAGGUCCUUCUGGACUGAAAGCCAAAAAAAGAAAGAAAGAAAUAAUUUUUCCUUUCUGUUUUAUUUCCUAAUUUAAAAUGAGGAGGAGGAAAGAAGUCCCUGCUUCCUCUUCCCAGCUUCUCCUUCCCUGUACGUGCCCCAGCAUUCUGGGGCUGUUUAACAAUAGCAAUAGUUCUAGUGAAUGUGUGAAACCGAGAAACACUCUGUACUGUGUGUGGACCCGCAGUGACGGCCAGUAAAGUGGACUUAACUCCCAAGUGUGUCGAGCCGGACACCGGGCCCUGAACAUGCUGCUUCCAUGUUCAGUCCCUCCCCUGCUUCUCACUUUCUCAAUUUUUCCUUUUUCCUACUUUCAGAUUUUCUCUCAUCCAAUAAUGUAAAACUAUCGUGUACGGGUUCCUCUCCCCCUCUCUCUUCCCCCAAAUCUUUUUUCCCUUCAGAGGAAAAAGAAGUUCAGAGGUCCCUGUCUUUCUCUCUGUCCUCAUCUUCCUGCCAAUAGCUAUCCCAUUUAUAAUGUUGGAUACUCCUCAUGUGCUGAGUUUCUAGCCUUUUUUGAAACUCAGUACCUGGGGAGAGGGCAGGGAGGCACCCUGGACCCUGGGCCUUCCAGCCUCCUUCCCCACCUCUUACCCAAACCUCCCUCUUGGGAACUCCUCAGGGACAACUACUGCUGAGUUUGGGCGCACUCCCAAGAUGGAGGCCAGGUAGCAAUCAGCUGGCCUCAGAGAGAGGUGUGUGUGUGUGUGUGUGUCUGUCUGUGGGUAUGUGUGGUGUGUGUGAGGGAGUGGGAGAAGGGGGGAGGGUGGGAGGAUGCUGUGAUUGUGCCCUGUGUUGUUUGAUGGCAUCCAGGUUCCCUAAGUAUCUGUUUUUAUUUCCACCUUCCCUAGUGUUUCAAACCAUCACAUUUUUGUCCUUGGGAAACCACAGGAGCAGUUUUUCUGGGUAUAAGGCUGUGUCUCCUCUCCCAGGCAUUUCUGUUCCAGCCUCUUCAAACUGUGCAAUCUUUCAGCAGGAACUCCCUCUCCUUUCAGUAGCUUGGAGUCUUAAGCUUCUGUAGGGAGAGGGGUAGAACUGGAUCUUUUCCUAAUCCCAUGAGCUUCUGUGGGUUUAGUUGUGCUUUUCUUCCCUUACCUACUUCAUACCCGGGGCCCCUUUCCCAGCAGCAGAGACCCCAGAGCACAAGAGAGUAGGGAAGAGGGCUCUGGGCCCACCGCUGCCCUACAUGUGACUAUGCCCAGGUUAAGCCCCAGCUUGUGAGAGGAAAGCUGCUAACUCCCAGCCACAGCCAUGGGCCCCCACCCCCUGCUCUCCUGCUCAGCAGAGCCCCUCCCAUCAGAGAUUACGGGUACUUGCACUGGGGAGGCGGCUGCUGGCGGCCCAAGCAGAGAGCCCAGGUGACCAAGAAAUGUUCCAUUGGUGGGGGAGGGCGUGCCAGGCAAGGUGGAGCAUUCCUUGUCCUUCUGGCAGCACUGGACAGCCACUGAAGGGGGUGGGGGGCAGUGUGGGGAGGUCCUGGGGCAGCCCCUUUCUUAUUCCUUUAUGCCCCCCACCUCCCCCAUGGCCUAUUUCUAAAGUCGCCUUUUCUGUCAGAUAAACCUCAAAACUUUUAAUUUUAUGUUUUUGUUUUUGUUUUGUUUUUUUUUUUUUGCUUUUAAGAGGUGGAUUGAAGAAUAUUUGAAUUGACUUUAUAUUAUGCAUAAAUAUUUAUAUUUUAUCUAAAUAACUGCGCUGUAACAAAGUUUGUGUUAGUCAAACGUUUGGAACUGUUAUAGUUGGGGGGCUCUUCUUUCUCCCCAUGGCAGUUUUCCCCUGGUAUAAAAUGUAUUAGAUUAAUUUCUAUUGUUGGAGGCGAGGUGGACAGGGGAGUGAAAUCUCCAUGUUCCUGUUUUGUAUUCCUCUCCCAGCUCCAUCUCUUUCCCUAGGGACCAGGCACUCUUAAGGUGGGGUGGAGUCCUAGCCUCAGUUUGAAGAAGUGGGGGCUUUAAGGGGGGUGGGGUAGGGCAUGAUCAAAGGGGCCAUUUCUCAUGUUUCUUUCCCUCAUCUUCACUGCCCCUUGAGCUAGGUGGAUUUUUCUCUUCUUGUCAAAUAAGAGUAUUCGGUAGGGAAGGCAGGUAAAAAAAAAAAAAUAAUAAAACCCACCCCCUGCCCCUUUGUUUCCCCUCCCCUCUAUCAGUCUGGUAACAGGAAGAAACCAUACCAUCGACACCAACAAGUUUCCAUGUUCCUUUUACAACAAAAGGGACUUGACUUUUUAUAUAACCAAAUGUGGUGUUUUAGUGACUUUUUGAUAAUGUACAGUUUUUUGUGAAUUUAAAUUUAUUUCUUUCUAUAUUUUUAGGACCAAUCUCAUUUUUAAUAAGGUUUAAAAAAGAAAAAAAAAGGUCUAGAGAAAAAACUCCUGUUUUUGCCAUGUGAUGUUCCACAAGUGCAGCUGUAGAAAAGUGCUUGUCAGUUGAAAUAAAAACCACAUUUGAUAGAGA